AUGCCACAAUCAAGCCCUCACUCUUCGAAACGAACACCCAAGAGUUCGGCUAAAAAUUCUCACCCCACCACCCCGCAGUCGAACAUCAUGCGGCACCCCGACCAUUCCCCCAAAGGUGCCAACCAGAGCAAAAAAGCGGGCAAUGCCCGAUCCGCCGGCCGUACCGCGACGCAGAGAAAACGAAGAGCGUCGUCGACCUCCGUGUCGAGCGUAUCAUCAGUCUCCUCCCUGGAGGAGCUGAGCGAAGAAGCGGACGAGUCGGAAGAUGACGCCGAUGAUGAAGAAGACCGGCCGCUAGCGCGGGCCCCGUCUUAUGGGCGCAGUCAAGGCAAAACCUAUAAGGCGGGGCGUCAACCGACCCAGAACAAGCGGAGACGGGUCAUGGACCAGGAAUAUGACGACCAUAUUAGCAGCGACCCCGGCGAGUCGGAUGACAGCUCGGAUGAUGUUUAUGCGGGCGUCGACUACAUCACUGACGGCGAUGAUGAAGAGCAGGAUGUUGAGAAACUAGAAGAGAUGAUGAUUAUGGAGUCCGAGAACCAUCAUCGUAUCCUGCCGACAUCUGAAAUCGGCCAUGAAGGGAUUGACUGGGUCAACUCGGGUACUUUUGAAGACCAGAUGAUCCUCCCCACAGCAUCGUUCUUUGAUGAAGAGCAUCUGUACAGCGCCAUGGAUACAUUUGGUGAAACCGACAUGGCCAGCGAAGCGGUUGAGACUCCCAUGCCCCGACGAGUUCACUUCGAGGAGCGCUCGGAGUCUUCGUCGGACAGCGACUCCCACACGGAUGAUGAAAUCCCAAGUGAUUUCCUACAGCAGGAUAGCUUAGAUCCGCAGCUGCGUCGCAUGAUUGAAAGUGACAACGAGGUGCACCGCAGCCAUCGUCGCCAGUCAGAAGAGAUGUUUGGCGAUGCCGACUAUGGCCACGGAAAUAUCUAUCAUGUUGAAUCCAAUGGUGGCUCUUCCGAAGGGAGUCUCAGUGGUUAUGAGACCGACGAUGGCGACACUACGGAUGAAGACCUCCCGCCCCCGGCGACGAUUACCCACCCUCGGUCCCUGCUUCGUCGGGACUCGGCUGAUUCGCUGAUUGCUGCGGGUGACGACAAGUGUGACAAUCUUCCACGCCGCCGUGGACCCAUCAUGGGAACGUUCGUCGCCGAUCCUCACAAGCCUGUGGCUCUGGUCGACUGCACAGGCAAGCAUCUGGUGAUCAUUCCGGCCUAUGCUUCCUCCCGUCACGAUUGGCUCGACUCUGCCGCGAACAGCAUGCCGGGCACUGCCAACAACAGCCCGCGACAGACCACUUUACACUUGGUCGAUGAGAGCGACACCGAUGCACUCGCGUCGCCGAAUCAAACCGACUUUAGCCCGAUGCUGGCUUCCAGCGCCAAUCUCAUGAUGACGGCCCUCGGCAACGAUCUUACACCCGGCGGUCAAGUUAUGGGCCCUCCGGAAGCUUUCUAUCCGUCGCAGGACUUGACGAUCGAUAGUUCCUUCGAGGACGACGACGAAGAUGAUCCGGAGGCUUCCCUCAAUGUCGACGAUUUCAUCGAUUUCGGCAAUGACUCUUCCGACGAAGAUGAAGAUGAAGAAAUGGACAAGCCAUUUGAUGACGAGACGCUCAUCUCGCCCAUGGCCCCGCCUUCCCUUCGGAACAUGGGCACACCGACCCCGACCCGACACUCGGAGUCUCAGCAGGCCAGUAACGCAGAGCAGUUCCUCAACCACCUCGACAAGGGCAUUGUGACGGCCUUCCGUCGCAACCAUAAUCGGUACCAGACACUGCUGCGUCUGCCCCAGCACCGCGAGUUUAUGCCCGCCAACUCGCCUUCCCGCCCUGCCAGCGUUUUUCGUCACGCCAAACACUCGGACCAACGCACCCCGACCAGGAAACGCAAGGCAAGCGGAUACGCUGGCGGCGAGGCCGUGCGACGGAAGCUCAUGGACGCUCAGCGUCGUACUCAGCUCCCGUUAUAA